AUGAAUAGCAGUCAACAUUUCUCAAAAGGUGGCUCAUGUCGCGAUGUUCCAUUUUCGGAUGGUCAUUCUGCCAGUGACCAUACCCAGGUUUCACGUAUGCAUAGCACCAUAGACCACGAUAUUCAUGAUGUAUCUUUCGAUGGCGAUGGAGAUCCCAUGAGCCCUAAAACGCUGCCGCUGGUAAGAAAAUGGGUGAUUGUUAUUAUUGUCUGCACUGGAACCAUGUGUGUGACCUGUGCAAGCUCAAUCUACACAACGACGUAUCCGCAGAUGAAUGCCGAGAUGGAGACUCCGUCUCUCAUUGCAAUCUUGGGCCUAUCGUUUUUUGUCCUGGGUCUUGGUCUUGGGCCAUUAUUGACGAGCCCCUUGAGUGAGUGGUACGGUCGACGACCUAUUUACGUUGUCGCGUGGGCUUUUUUCGUUAUUUGGAACAUCGUAACAGCUGUUGCCAAAAAUAUUGAGACGGUUAUUAUUUCUCGUUUCUUCACUGGCUUUGCGGGUGGCACAUUCUUAUCGGUAUCGGGUGGUACCGUGAGUGAUGUGUUUCUACGCUCUCAGAUCCAAUUGCCAAUGACCUUGGUUUCAUCGGCCCCCUUCAUUGGCCCUUGUCUGGGUCCUUUGAUUGGCGGAUUCAUCAGUUACAACACGACAUGGAGAUGGAACUACUACUUUAUCAUCAUUUGGUCCGGAGUGCUUCUAGUAUCGAUCGCCAUAUUCGUGCCUGAAACAUUCCCGCCAGUCCUACUGCGGGCUAAAGCCGUGAUGCUCCGGAAAUCAACUGGAGAUGACCGCUACAAAGCUCCCACAGAAAAGCUUCAGACUUCAAGAGGCAAAGCUUUGGCAUACGCCCUCAUGCGACCUUUCCAACUUCUAUUCUUCGAGCCCAUGUGUCUCGCUCUCGAUGUUUAUGCCGCCCUCUUGCUAGGUAUGCUGUAUCUAUUUUUCCAGGCUAUUCCUCUCAUGUUCGAGACAACCUAUGGCUGGAAGAUGUGGCAGGGUGGUCUUCCAUUUGUCGGCAUCAUUGCUGGCAUGAUCGUGGGGGCCUUGAGUACCCCACUCUUCGCCCGUAUCAAGGAUCAUCUUUUGGAGCCUCAAGAGAAGCAAACCGGAGAUAUUGCUCCAGAGUAUAGCUUACUUCCAGCUAUACCAGCGGGUGUUUUGAUUCCAGUUGGCCUUUUUUGGUUUGGCUGGAGUUUGUCAUCAAACAUACACUGGAUUGUCCCCAUCAUUGGAGCCUCCUUUUUUGGUUGCGGGAUCUUACUUGCAUACAAGGGAAUCUUCACUUUUCUUGUAGAUGCCUAUCCACAAUAUGCUGCGUCUGCGCUCGCCGGAAAUGGAUUCGUGCGAUCAUCCUUUGCUGCUGCCUUUCCACUGUUUGGGCUGCAGAUGUAUAAUAAACUGGGCUAUCAUUGGGCAACUAGCUUACUCGCCUUUCUUACGAUUCUCAUGAUGCCAUUCCCAUGGAUCUUCUUCAAGUACGGAAAGGUGCUGCGAGGCAAGAGCAAGUUUGCUUUGGCUGCUUGA